GCCGGAAGUGUCGCGUUGCCAUGGCGAAGCUGGGCGCGGGGUCCGCCCCCGUGGCGCUGGAAGCUGCGCUGGGCCGGAGGGUCGUCUGGGCCCGAGCCAGAGUGUCUCCAGCCGGGCUCCAGUGUUUUGCAUCCAUGUAGGUACACCGACAUUGUACAAUGCCCUCGGAGGCCAGAAGAUGGCAUUGGCUUUCCUGGAACUGGAGUUACAGAUAGUUGCCAGCCACCAUAGGAAGAAUGCUCCUGGGAAAGCUCUUGACUUGAAGAAUGUGCAGGACAGAGGCUGAGGGCCCAGCUGUUACUGUCCCCAAGGAACCUCAGGCCAGGUGCACAGGCAUUUGGCUUGGGUGUGUGUGACUGACGGAAAGGGAGGCUCCCCUGAGAACAUAUUGACAGGCCUCCUGUUACCUCCAUGUCCUAGUUUCCUAGAGAUUGCCAUCAUCGGACACUGGAAGCUAGGACCCCAGAACUGACUAUACACCCUGACCUCUACUGCCAUACCACAUUGGCUGUUUUACUGUGCUGACUAGAAAACCUGGCAGAGGACUGAGGACAGCCAGCAUGGAAAGAGAACAGAGGCUCCCAGGGGCUCCCAGGAGCCUGCUGCUGAUUGGUCCUGCUUUCCUUUCCCCUUGGCAGGGUGCCAAGAAACUGGAACUUUGUUAUCUGGGUAAUUAGCUUCAGACCCUGAACUGAGGCCUGCCAGGUCUCAGGCUACUUCCCACAGGCUGUGCACCCUGACCCCAAGUGGAAGGCGAGGCACCGAGUACAGAAGCCCUGCCAGCUGAGCAGUUGAGGUGCCAGUCCUGCCUGGGGAAAGACUGCAGGCACUCCCCCUACCCCCAACACACACUGCCCUCCCCACCUGGGGUUUACUCCUUAGGGCAACUGGACCUGGUCACAGUGUGGUGCCUCCUAUCUCAGCCUUGCAAAGAACAGAGGGCACCAAGUCUUGGGAAGGGGAUGCCCCCAAGGGUGCCAGUCCAGCCAGCUGCCCUACCCCUCAGGCCUGGCCUGGCCCCCCAAGUCCCCACCGUGGUACCUCAAACAGCCCUGUGGGCAGACAUUUCCCACCAUGGCCGAGCACCUGGAAUUGCUGGCAGAGAUGCCCAUGGUGAGCAGGAUGAGCACCCAGGAGCGACUAAAGCAUGCCCAGAAGCGACGUGCCCAGCAGGUGAAGAUGUGGGCCCAGGCUGAGAAGGAGGCCCAGGGCAAGAAGAGCCGCAGGGAGGGACCAUGGAAGGAGGUGGCAGGUCUCAGGCCACGGAAGCAGGUCCUUUUCCCUCCCAGCAUUGCCCUUCUGGAGGCUGCUGCCCGGAACGACCUGGAAGAAGUGCACCAGUUCCUCAGUAGUGGAGUUAGCCCCAACCUGGCCAAUGAGGAUGGCUUGACUGCACUACACCAGUGCUGCAUUGAUGACUUCCAAGAGAUGGCACAGCAACUCCUGGAAGCUGGGGCUGAUGUCAACGCUUGUGACAGUGAGUGCUGGACACCUCUGCAUGCUGCAGCUACCUGUGGCCAUCUGCACCUAGUGGAACUCCUUAUUUCCUGUGGUGCAGAUCUCCUGGCAGUCAACACUGAUGGGAACAUGCCCUAUGACCUGUGUGAGGAUGAGCAGACACUGGACUGCCUUGAGACUGCCAUGGCCAACCGUGGUAUCACCCAGGACAGCAUUGAGGAGGCCCGAGCAGUGCCAGAGCUACGCAUGCUGGAUGACCUCCGGAGCCUAUUGCAUACUGGGGCUAACCUCAGUGACCCAUUGGACCAUGGGGCCACUCUGUUGCACAUUGCUGCUGCUAAUGGGUUCAGUGAGGUGGCUACCCUGCUGCUGGAGCAAGGAGCCAGCCUGAGCUCUAAGGACCGUGAUGGCUGGGAGCCUCUGCAUGCUGCAGCCUACUGGGGCCAGGUGCACCUGGUAGAGUUGCUCGUGGCACAUGGGGCUGAUCUGAAUGGAAAAUCCCUGGUGGACGAGACACCCCUUGAUGUGUGUGGUGAUGAGGAAGUGCGAGCAAAACUGCUAGAGCUGAAGCACAAGCAGGAUGCACUCCUGCGGGCCCAGGGCCGCCAGCGCUCCCUGCUGCGCCGUCGCACCUCCAGUGCAGGCAGUCGUGGGAAGGUGGUGAGGCGAGUGAGCCUGACACAACGCACCAACCUGUACCGCAAGGAGCAUGCCCAAGAGGCCAUCGUGUGGCAACAGCCACCACUUCCCAGCCCAGAGCCUCUAGAGGACGAGGACCGCCAGACAGAUGCUGAGCUCCAACUGCAGCCCCCAGAAGAAGGCAGCCCUGAGGUGGCCAGGCCACACAAUGGCCGAAUAGGGCUCCCCCCAGGGCGGCACCUGUACUCCAAGCGUCUAGACCGGAGUGUCUCCUAUCAGCUGAGUCCUUCAGAGAGCAGUGACCCUGAUGCCCUCAUCCGGGACAAGGCCCACCACACCCUGGCAGAGCUUAAGCGCCAGCGAGCAGCUGCAAAGCUUCAACGACCUGCCCCUGAGGGGCCUGAGACCUUCGAGCCUGGCUUGCCUAUUGACACUGAGACCUCCCAGCCUGACUGUGGCUUAAGAGAAGCUGGGGACCCACCCUUACUCAAGCUCACAGCCCCCUCAGAGGAGGCUCCUGUGGAGAAGAGGCCAUGCUGUCUGCUUAUGUGAAGGGCCAUUUCUCAGAUUGGCAGGAUCCAAUCCCCAUGGCCAGCCAGAGGCCCACCCCAGUACAUGCCCUAGUGCUGUAGGGGAGCCAACACAGGGUCGCCCCUUUCCCACUUCAGCCCAGGACACUGGCCACCUUGCUCAGGGAUGGACCAUGCAGAGUCGUACCUGCAGGCCUCUCCAGCUGUAGAGUGCUUAUCCUGUGACUCUUGAUAAAGGCUGUUUGCCUCUGA